AUGGCGCCUUCACAACCCGCAUCGCCGGCGUCGUCGACCUCGGCUGAUGAACCGAGCAACGCUGCUAUGGCUUCCUCGCUCGCUGGUCUGCCCGUGCGCACCAACACCACCUCCAACGACCCGAGCAAUGGCACUAACGACAGCACCGACAACUCGGAAGCCAAGGCCCAAUCCGGCCAGCUCAAGGACUUUUUGGACCUCGCCGUACGUCGCUUGUCGCUCACCGUUUUCCUUACCGUAACCGCCAUCGUCACCACCGGCCGCGCUCUCGCGCUCGCUGCGCCACGCCUUAGCCGCGAGGGCUGCGAGCUCGCUGCUCGCCCACACACACACACACUCGCCCCUCAACCAAAAUCGCGGAAGCUCGGACUAGUCCGAUCUGUCUCUGAUCCCACUUGUGGAAAGCUGACCUGCAUUUUUUCUUUCCCCCUGUUUCUUGCUCUGGUUCCACUCUUUGUCUGCACAGACGGCUCGAGGUGGUUCCCAGCAGCCCGCCGAUAUUGCCGCGGUAAGUUGGAAUUUUGCGUACUUGCGUGCGAGACCCGCGAGCGCCAUGCGGAGUCGUCGUGCGACAUUGCUGUAAGGAGAGCCGCUCGGGUCCUCCUGCAAAGCCGACGGUCGAUCCGCUCUUUCGAUGUCCCGCUCGCGCGCCAUUUUCUGUCUCACCUUGCUACGGAUAUGGCGAACUGACCUCUUUCGCUUAUUGCGCUCGGUCCUUUUUAUUUCAUGCCUGCAGCGUCUCGAGCAGAAGCGACUCGAACACGAGAAGCAACGUGAGCUGCAGAAGAAGGUAUUCGAACAGCAGGUGCGUGAAACUUCUCCUUCUCCCGCUUUCCUUGUCGCGAAUAUGUCCCAUCGCGUGUCGCCGAGGUUCAGGCCACGGAUUCCAGCUUGCUUGCUCGAAGACCAUGGCGGCGAGGCGAUCCAUGGGAUCUCCUCUCCUCUCGAUCGACCUCCUGACGACUGCCACGAAACGCAACGAAAAAAGGCCUUUGCUGCGAGGAACACGGUGCGGAUAUGAACUCAUAGAAGGGCUUGCUGACCUCCCGUUCCUGUGCUUCUUGCCAUCCUUCCCUCACACGAUCGCUCGACUGCGCAGAUGAAGCAACUCGAACUCGAGCAAGAGCGGGAAGAGCGGGAGCUCAUGGGCGCCAACGGCACCUCUUCCGGCGCCGCCGCUGAGGACUCUAAACCAGUUCGUUCCCGGUCGGGCAACGAUCUCGCCUCGUUUAACGACGGUCGCUCGGACCAGUACGCGAACGCCAAGUCGCUCCCUGCCACUCGUCGUCACUCGGGCGAGGGUAAGCAGGACAAGGCCGCCGGUGCUGUCGGUUCUGGUGCAACUGCGCCUGGCGACGGGGCCAAGCCCCCGCGAAAAGGUGCCGAGGGUCAACCGAUGCUCAACAGCUUCCUGUUUGACGAUGAGCUCGAUGCCGAUCUGCAGAGUGAGUCAUAGCUGCGCCGUGAAGCCCUACACUUGGGGAAGAGCUGCCCCCUAUUUCUGGCGCCUACGACGAGGCCGACCUGACACGUCGCGUUUGCUUCUCCCUCCCUUCUCCCAUUCCUUGACCACUCUAGACUCGGCAUGGGGCGGCAAGUACUUGCAGAUGAACACCGACGACGACAAGUUCCCCAUCCUCGUCCGUCGUGAUUCGUACCCUGGCAUCCUUUCGGCCUCCUCCGCUGCACUCGACCUCGCCCCCUUGUCGCAGGCGCCGUCGCACGCAACUCGCGCGUUCGGUCCUGGUGGUCGCGCGGCGCCCUCCGAAUGGCCUCAGUUCCAAGGCGGUCAGAACGGCGCCAACAAGGCCGAUGGUCAAUCGAAUGAGGGAGCUGCGAACGCCUCGACCCCCGGCUUGACGGAACGUCAUCGUUCGGUCACAAUCGACGCCUCCUCCCCUUCGGGAGCGACGUCGUCCUCGACUGGCGCCAGUUCGAACAGUCCCUUGCCCGUUCGAUCGGGCACUGGUCAGCUGCCUCCACCGAGGAGUGGUCUCGGUGCGCCCGCGAGUGGAAGAAGCAGUCCCGCCCUUGACAAGAAGCUUGGAGGGCUAGACGCAAUCGGUGCUGGCAAGGCCAACGGGUUUGGCGUUGACCAAAUGACGGACAAGUUCUCCAACGUGAGUCUUGACUGCUAGCCGAUGUCUUCCCGAGCGAAUGCUUACGCUCGAGCCCGUCACCUUUGUCCACAGUUCAACAUCGACACGAAUGCUUUCGGGUCCGACCCCACGACGGGCCCGUUCGGUGGCUACGUUCACGACCACGGCGCCUUCGUAUACGAUGGGAGUGCUGGGCAGUACGGCUCGAUGGGCGCAAAUCGCUUCGCCGGCCUGCGUCUCGAGGACCUUCAAGGUGACAUGCUCCCCUUGUGCAAGGACCAAUUCGGCUGCCGCUACCUGCAGAAGAAGCUCGAGGACGGCAACCCGGAACACCGUGACAUGAUCUUCAACGAGAUCUUCCCCCACUUCGCCGAGUUGAUGACGGAUCCGUUCGCCAAUUACCUCUCGCAACGCUUGCUCGAGUACGCGACCGACGAGCAGCGAGACGCCCUGAUCGAGUCCAUCUCCGGUGAACUAGUGUCGAUCUCGCUCAACAUGCACGGAACCCGAGCUGUUCAGAAGAUGAUCGACUACCUCUCGACGCAACGCCAGGUCCAGAGCCUCAUCCUCGCGCUCAACCUCAACGUCGUGACGCUCAUCAAGGACUUGAACGGGAACCACGUCAUUCAAAAGUGCCUGAAUCACUUGCCGCCAGAGGAUAACCAGUUCAUCUACAACGCCGUUGCGACACACUGUAUCGAGGUCGCGACCCAUCGUCACGGUUGCUGCGUCCUGCAACGCUGCAUCGACCACGCCUCCGAGUCGCAGAGGAUCCAGCUCGUCACUGAGAUCACGUACAACUCGCUCACGCUUGUCCAAGAUGCGUUCGGCAACUACGUCGUGCAGUACGUGCUCGAUUUGAACGACAACCGAUUCAUCGAGGCGAUCGUGCGUCAGUUCUUGGGCAACGUCUCUGCCCUAUCUGCGCAAAAGUUUUCGUCGAAUGUUGUCGAGAAGUGCAUCCGUGUCGCCGAUGCGACAGGUCGACGUGCGAUCAUCGACGAGCUGCUCAACAAGCAACGCCUCGAGCGAUUGUUGCGCGACUCGUUUGCCAACUACGUUGUCCAGACCGCACUCGAUUACGCCGAGCCCGCGCAGCGCGCGCAGUUGAUCGAGACGAUCCGACCCAUCUUGCCCAUGAUCCGCAACACGCCCUACGGCAAACGCAUCCAGUCCAAGAUCCAACGCGAGACGAACGAUCACCACAUGGGCCGAGGCGGAUACCAUGGCGGACACCACGGCGGACACGGUGGCAUGCAUGGAGGACACUUUUACGGCGUCCCCCAGGCCAUGCACGGCAUGCCCCCUCACCUGCAGCACGCACAGUUCCAACCUCACCCCCACCAAGGCUCGUUUAUGGGCCACAUGCAUGCACCCCCGCACCUCAUGUCGCCCGGUGGUAUCGAGUCGUUCGGUGGCCCCGCGCCCGGCACGCCCGGUCCGACGAGUGGACAAGGUCGAGGCUCGCCUUACCUCGGUGGGCCACAGUUCGGCACUGGCCUCCCGCCGCCUCACAUGGGCCACCACCCGCAGAACGGCUCGCUCAGCUUCCCUGCUGGCGGCCAAGCCGGCUUCGCUCCCUUCCCCGGUCAACCGAUGAUGGGCGUCGGCGAAGCCUACGGUGCCAACGGCGGAAACUUCAUGUAA